AUGCUGCGAUUAGCCAGGUCUAGCAUUACCCGUAGUCUUGUCAGAGGAUAUGCCAAAGACAUCAAGUUUGGAGCAGAAGGCCGUAAAGCCAUGCUAGUUGGUGUUGACUUGUUAGCUGACGCCGUCUCAGUAACUAUGGGUCCCAAAGGCAGAAACGUCAUUCUUGAACAAUCAUGGGGAGGUCCUAAGAUCACCAAAGAUGGAGUCACAGUUGCAAAAGCUAUUGAACUGAAAGAUAAAUACCAUAAUCUAGGAGCUAAGCUUAUCCAAGAUGUCGCCAAUAAGACCAAUGAAGAAGCUGGAGAUGGUACUACUUGCGCUACAAUCCUUGCCCGCUCAAUAACUAAAGAAGGUUUUGAAAAUAUCAGCAAAGGAGCCAAUGCUGUUGAGAUUCGACGUGGUGUCAUGACGGCAGUAGAUCUUAUUGUAGAUGAUCUGAAAGUUCAGAGCAAGAAGGUUACGACUCCUGACGAGAUCGCUCAGGUUGCCACUAUAUCAGCAAAUGGUGACAAAGCCAUUGGAAAUCUUAUCUCGGAAGCCAUGAAAAAGGUUGGAACGAAAGGUGUAAUCACCGUGAAAGAUGGGAAGACCUUGAAUGAUGAAUUAGAGCUGAUUGAGGGCAUGAAGUUUGACCGGGGUUACAUUUCCCCUUAUUUCAUAAAUACUACUAAAGGAGCUAAGGUGGAGUACGAGAAGGCUCUGGUGCUUAUGAGCGAGAAGAAAAUUAGCAAUGUACAAGACAUUGUCCCGGCCCUUGAACUUGCCAAUAAGGUUAGGAAACCUCUUGUAGUCAUCGCCGAAGAUAUCGACGGGGAGGCUCUCACCACUAUGGUUCUUAAUAGGCUGAAGGUAGGACUUCAAGUUGUUGCAGUCAAAGCUCCUGGGUUUGGUGAUAACAGGAAGAACACACUAAGAGAUAUGGCUAUUGCAACUGGUGGUACUGUAUUUGGAGACGACUCAAAUCUAGUCAAGCUUGAAGACAUUCAGUUGAGCGACUUCGGAGAGGUAGAGGAAGUGACCGUUACGAAGGACGAUACCCUUUUAUUGCGUGGUAAAGGAGAACCUGCCGAAAUAGAGAAAAGAAUUGAACAAAUCAGCGAUGAACUUGAGAACUCCACCAGCGAAUACGAAAAGGAAAAGCUGAACGAACGUCUUGCCAAACUGUCCAAAGGCGUUGCGGUCUUGAAAGUGGGUGGAGCUUCAGAAGUUGAGGUUAACGAGAAAAAAGACCGUUUCACUGAUGCUCUUUGCGCCACUCGUGCUGCUGUUGAGGAAGGAAUUGUUCCCGGCGGAGGUGUUGCUCUUCUUCGAGCUCUAAAGAGUCUUGACAAGUUCAAGGCUCCGAAUGAGAACCAGCAUGUAGGAGUAAACAUUAUAAGAAAGGCAGUUCGUGAACCAAUCUGCACGAUUGUGAAGAACGCUGGGAUCGAACCUGCUUCGAUUGUUGAGAAGAUUCUCGCGAACACUAACCCUGGAUACGGAUAUGACGCUCUCAAUGACAAAUUCGUAGACAUGUUCGAAGCCGGUAUCAUUGACCCUACUAAGGUAGUACGAACAGCUCUACAAGAUGCUGCCGGCGUAGCCUCUUUGCUGGCGACAACAGAGUGUGUUGUGACAGAAUUACCUAAGGAAGAGCCAGUCCCAGGAAUGGGUGGCGCUGGCAUGGGCGGCAUGGGAGGAAUGGGUGGAGGAAUGUACUAA